AUGGUGUCCAUUACAAAGUAUCAGCAGUGGUACUGCUGUUUUCGAAAAAUGUCCUCUAAACGUUUUAUAAGUACCUUAUUCAGUGCUUCGUCAAAAUCGAAUUAUUCAAAUCACAGUACACAAAUUAGGCACAUGUCAAUCAUCGACAAUUCAAAAAACAUGAAUGAAACAGACGUAAAAAAAUUGUUGGAAGAUGGGACAGUUCCAGAAGAGUCAUCAGUUAUUGGAGACACUGAGAACUGGACUACAUCCCCAUACCCAAAAGGUUCAUAUGUACCCCACAAAAACCAGUCUCAAGCGCAGCACGCUCUACGACCAAAAGUGGACCCCAAGGAAACGUCAAUACUGAUGUUUCCCGGUCAAGGUACCCAGUUUGUUGGCAUGGGAAAAAAUCUGUUAGUGUUUCCUCAAGUUGUAGAGAUGUUCAAUGCGGCAAGUGAAAUACUGAAGUAUAAUCUGUUGAAACUUUGUUUGGAAGGACCAAAAUCUAAACUGGAUCAGACCAUCUAUAGUCAACCAGCCAUUCUUGUGUGUUCCUUGGGUGCCAUUGAGAAACUAAAAGAAGAACAACCUAGUGCCAUUGAAAAUUGUAUGGCUGCUGCUGGUUACAGUGUUGGAGAAUUUGCUGCUCUUACAUUUGCUGGGUGUUUUUCAUUCGAACAAGCUGUUAGCUUAGUUAAAAUACGCGCAGAAGCAAUGCAUUAUGCGUCAGAAAUUGAACCUGGUGGAAUGGCAAACAUUUACAUAAGACCUGAUUCUAAAUUAAAUUAUGCUAUGAAAAUGGCCAGAGAUUGGUGUCUGGAUAAAGGAAUCGAAAAACCUGUUUGUUCUAUAUCAAACUAUUUGAAUCCUGAUUGUAAAGUAGUUGCUGGGCAUUUAGAAGCAUUAAAGUAUUUAGAAUCCAAUCUAAAACAAUAUAAUCUUAGAAAGAUGCAGAGGUUAAAUGUUUCUGGUGCGUUUCAUACAGACCUCAUGCGCCCUGCUGUUGAACCAUUUGCAGCUGCACUUCAUAAUAUAAAAAUAGCAGAACCUCUGAUAGCUGUCCACUCCAAUAUUGAUGGAAAACGUUAUCAGAACAGCGCUCAAGUGUUUAGAAAUUUACCCAAACAAAUAUACAAACCUGUGAAGUGGGAACAGACAUUACACAUACUGUAUGAACGUCCAGUGGGGUCAAAUUUCCCCGAUACCUUCGAGUGUGGACCUGGCUCAACCCUCAGAAGUUUAUUAAAAACAGUUAAUUCUAAAGCACAUUCUACGUGUAAGAAUAUUGAUAUUUAA